AACCCCAUUCCCCAAGCCCUCUGUCCGUCUCCUCUGGUAGGCUCCACAAUGGUACAGGCAGCCUCCCGCUGCACAAUGGUUUCCAGGCAGUGAGAGGGUGAUUCAGCAAGCCGCUCUCUCUUCUCUUAAGCCUCCUCGUCUCCGUUUAUUUUUAUGGGGGUGGGUGGUGCUUCUUAUAUGCUUACCCUUUUUUUUUCUAUUUUCAUUUUUACAUAUUUCCCUUUUCUUCCUCACUCCUCAAUUCCUAGGGGCUUGAGUGAGCUAAAGAUUGGGUCUUCUUGGAAAUCACCUGUCUGUUAUUAUUUUUAAACAAUCUCUGCACCUCCAAAGACUCUCCUCCUUAUUCCGGUUUGGAAUGUGGCUAAUGAAAGCCCAGUAGGGAGGAUUUCUGGGGCAAACAGGCGGACCAGGAUCCUGGUUCUCAGGCACGGAAUGGCUAUUGUGAGAGCGCCACCAGCAGGACCAUCGCAGAUCUUGGUUAUGGCUGCUCACGCAAGAGGCUGUUGAUGUAGACCCCCUUUCCCGUAGAUGAGAAAUCACACGAGCAGUGGUAUUUAUGAGCCUCCAUUUCUUAUACUACUGCAGUGAACCAACCUUGGAUGUGAAAAUUGCCUUUUGUCAGGGAUUCGACAAACACGUGGAUGUGUCUUCUGUUGCCAAACAUUACAACAUGAGCAAAAGCAAGGUAGAUAACCAGUUCUACAGUGUGGAAGUGGGAGACUCAACCUUCACAGUUCUAAAGCGCUACCAGAACCUGAAGCCGAUCGGCUCUGGGGCUCAGGGAAUAGUUUGUGCUGCGUAUGACGCUGUCCUCGACAGAAAUGUGGCCAUUAAGAAGCUCAGCAGACCCUUCCAGAACCAAACUCAUGCCAAGAGGGCUUACCGGGAGCUGGUCCUCAUGAAGUGUGUGAACCAUAAAAACAUUAUUAGCUUAUUAAAUGUCUUUACACCCCAGAAAACACUGGAGGAGUUCCAAGAUGUUUACUUAGUGAUGGAACUGAUGGACGCCAACUUGUGUCAGGUGAUUCAGAUGGAGCUGGACCACGAGCGGAUGUCGUACUUGCUGUACCAGAUGCUGUGCGGCAUCAAACACCUCCACUCCGCUGGGAUCAUCCACAGGGACUUAAAACCCAGUAACAUCGUAGUCAAGUCUGAUUGCACACUGAAAAUCCUGGACUUUGGACUGGCCAGGACAGCGGGCACAAGCUUCAUGAUGACUCCGUAUGUGGUGACGAGAUAUUACAGAGCCCCCGAGGUCAUCCUGGGCAUGGGCUACAAGGAGAACGUGGACAUAUGGUCUGUGGGCUGCAUCAUGGGAGAAAUGGUUCGUCACAAAAUCCUCUUUCCCGGAAGGGACUAUAUUGACCAGUGGAACAAAGUCAUAGAGCAGCUAGGAACUCCGUGUCCAGAAUUCAUGAAGAAAUUGCAGCCCACCGUCAGAAACUACGUGGAGAACCGGCCCAAGUAUGCAGGCCUCACCUUCCCCAAGCUCUUUCCAGAUUCCCUCUUCCCAGCGGAUUCCGAGCACAAUAAACUUAAAGCCAGCCAAGCCAGGGACUUGUUGUCAAAGAUGUUAGUGAUUGACCCAGCGAAGAGGAUAUCGGUGGAUGACGCAUUGCAGCAUCCGUACAUCAACGUUUGGUACGACCCUGCUGAAGUGGAGGCGCCUCCGCCUCAGAUAUAUGACAAGCAACUGGAUGAAAGGGAGCACACCAUCGAAGAAUGGAAAGAACUCAUCUACAAGGAAGUAAUGAACUCAGAAGAGAAGACUAAGAACGGCGUAGUCAAAGGCCAGCCCUCACCUUCAGCACAGGUGCAGCAGUGAACAGCAGUGAGAGUCUCCCUCCAUCCUCGUCUGUCAACGACAUCUCCUCCAUGUCCACCGACCAGACCCUCGCAUCCGACACUGACAGCAGCCUGGAAGCCUCGGCGGGACCGCUGGGUUGUUGCAGGUGACUAGCCGCCUGCCUGCGAAACCCAGCGUUCUUCAGGAGAUGACGCCAUGAUAGAACACAGCGCACAUGCACACACACAGAGCUUGUACACACACACACACACACACACACACGCACGCACGCACACACACACACACGAACGCACGCAAGCACGCACGCACAAAUGCACUCACGCAAUGUCAAGAAAAAAAAAGUAGCGAGAGAGAGCGAGAGAGCCAACGUAAAACUAAGUUAAAUCUUUCUGCGUGCUUCUCCAGAGUUCUGUAUCGCAGCUGAGCUGAAAUGUAUACUUAACUUCUAGUCGCGCUCGCGCGCUCGCGCGCUCGCUUUGGUCUCCCUCCGGCAGUGCUUACUACACAAGACAAACCAGACACAAUUAGAGAAGCCUUUCCCUAAAGUGUAACUUAAGUGGCUGCAGAACCAGCAACCUGUAACCGCCCUUCAAAUGGCAUGAGGAGGUGGGCACCGGCCCCGCCCAGCAUGUGUGUGUCUCUAUCUCGCGUCUACCUGCUCCUUUCGGCCUAGUCAGAUGGGUGUAGAUACAGACCCGCAUGUGUCUGUAUUCAAACGGCACCUAGAGAUGCUCCUGUCAGUGUCCUCAAGGCUCCACCAAGACGCGCACCGGGCUACCACAUGGUCCCUGUCAUGUGACCUAUUACUCUGACAUAAAUCCAUCUGUAAUAUAUUGCCAGUAUAUAAGCCGUUUAGUUUGUCAAUUGAUUAAGCUGUAUGUCUUAUAAGAGACUAUGUAAAGGGGGAAUAUGGAGGAGUGAACUCUCAGACCCUUGAAGAUGUAGCUUCUGGAUUUGAACCGAUUAAAUGGCACCUGUAUACCGAUUUGUAGAAAGGACAUAUGUGAUACUUACAUCCAGUGUGGGGGAGGGAGGGAGGGAGCGAUAGCUCUCGGGCGCUUAGGAGUUGGCCUUUAGGUAGGAGCUGUCAGUCAAGUCAAGGGCGCUUUCUCUGGAAGUCACUAGGUGGCGGGGAGCAUAUUGCUACAGUGUAGACUGAACAGAAGGGAAAUCACUGCCCAGGUGCUGGGGGAUACCACAUCCGUGCUCCAAACACUGGACACUGUUGUUUAUUUUUUAAAUUACCUGUCAAAAGAGAAAGUUGCUGGAGAAAAGGGGAAGGCAGCCAGGCAAGAUCAUUGUGCCCACAGCCGGUGGUAAAAGCCCUUUCCUGAAACACAGCGGCGUGACCAUCGUUCGAUCUCCUUCAGAGAAGAUAUCCCUACCUGGGCCAAUGUGAGAUGGUGGGGUAUGUUUGCCAUGUGUGAGCUGCUUCCCAGAGUCAUCUCCUACUGAUGAUGCUUCAUUUCCUGUUCUGGAAUAGGGUGGAAUAAAUCAAAAGUAAAAUUCCCCAAAGCACAGGGCGAUCUUCAGGAUAGCAUCCACAAGCAUUCUUCAUGGACUCUGUUGUCCCUCAGAGGGCUUUUCCAGGUCCCUGGAUGUGACUGAUGUCUCACCCUUACUGAUGUAUUUUCAUAGAUGUGUGUAAUCUGAGAAGGGCUGAUAGUCUGACUUUUGUAUUGCCAUCGGUACACGAGAGCAAUAACGCCGUGCCAACGUGGCUCCUCACCAGCUACCAUUAGGAACGGCACAACGGCUUUGUCUUAAAGCCAUGAGACAUUUGUAUGUUUGGUGAAGUCAUCUGAAUUCAGCUCAGAUCCCCGAGAGAUCCUAUCUGAGCACUCAGAGAGGCACUGGGAGCCAUUUUGGUUAUAUACAAGGCAAUGCCAGGAUGGCUUCUGAGCAAUCACUGGCCAGGCCUGGCUUCCCUUCUUCCUCCCUUGGGUGAAACACACAUCACAGUUAUUUGCACUCUGGCCACUUUGGUGCUCACCCCUGUGGUGGUAUUUCACCUGAAGAAGAAGUGGGACGUGUGAGCAGAUGGAGGCGACGGGCCUGGCGAACGGAAAACCCUCAAUCACGGAAACGAACAGCAAUGCCGGGAGCUCUGCACACUGCCUUAAAUACAACAGCAUGGGAGCUCUUCUCUCUCCAAGCAAUAGUCAGUCAGAAGCCCCGCCCUCCAACUCCCACCGUGGCCACCACCACAUCUCCCCCAUUCCUGCCACCAUACCCACACACACCCCUAAACACAUGCAGACACACGCACACACACACACACACACACACACACACACACACACUCACACACACCACACAGACUGCUGUGUGGCCGUUCCUGGGGGUUGCUUCCCACCCCGUGGUUCAUUGCAAACCAUGGUACUGAAAAGGGAGAGGAGAGAAGUGUGGGGCGGGAGCUGGCUAUCUUCAGAUCUUAGAGAGUGCAGUUCAUCCCCUGGAUAAAGGCGUCCGUCUCUUGUGCUAUUCCUGGGUCUUUUGGUUCAAGCCGCAGACAAAGAGAUCUUUAUAAAUGCAGGUUCGUUCUCACGACUUCUCUCCCUGGCCCAUUUAUCUUAUUUUCUUUUCUCGUAACUUACCUGUGUCCUAUUCUCUUCUUUCUCUGUCGUUUGCUUUUAUGUCUGUGAUCUCUGCACUCCUCCACCCUGUAUCACACCAGGUUAAUGCCCAGACAACUGCUUGAAAGGAACAAGUGUCAAGGGGAAUUCCUUAAUAAUCAAGAUGGCAACAGAUGGGCAGGGCUCUCAGCAGAAUGGCAGGUGUGCUUAACCAUCAGGCUCCUUCUGAGGAGUGCUGACCAUUUUUCCUGGGAAGAGGAAAGCAGGCAACACAAAUCCCCUCCUUCAGGUUAGCUUGUCUCCUGGUGUCUGGCACUGUCCGUGGACAGAGAUUUCCCCCAUGCACAAGAAUCCCUUAGGGUUUCAAUAGUACAUUCAUGGAGAGGUGAACGUUUAGCUUCUGGAUCUCAUGAAGGAUUGGUUUUAGCUGAGCAAAAAAGGAUAGAUGGAAGAGGAACAAUGAAGAAAGUUAAUGUCAGGUCAAUGUCAAAACAUUCCCUUCCAGAGCCCCCAUUCUCGCUUUAAGGGAUGGUUAGGCUCUGAGAGAGUCCACAGUAUACCCUAUGCCCUCCAGUGGGUCUUGUUAGAAAAAAGAACCCAGUAUUUAUUUUAUAGAACAUCUGUUACUCACAAGGGUGUUCUUCCUUUUGGGGCAGAGAACUGUUCUGUCACCUGGACUGUGUUUGUGGAAGAUUCGAAGGGGCCCCACGUGUUCAUUUUGCAACAGAAAGUUGGCAUUGUUAGGACUUAGAAAUCUGUCCCUUCGAUGGGCGACCUUGGUCCUCAAUAUGUCCCAUGGUGUUCUGCAGAAAGGACGAGGGUAUACCCUUGAAUAGGAUGAUUUAAACUGUUACCACGUUAACUAUUUCUUUGCUGGCUGAGGGUGUGUUUGGUGGGCCAGCUCAUUAUUUUUCCCCAAUGGGAUGCAUUGGUCUUACAGCACAAUCAUUUCUUGUUCAAUAAAGAUGUUAACUGAUUCUCUUCAGCAUCCAACAUUAGAGCUUCAUAGGUCUUCAUCCCACAGCUGGACCGGGACGGGGCCAAGUCUUAGCAGUUGGAGGAAACAUACUCAUUUGAUGGCUCCGGGGUAACAUGGCUGCUUCUCCCAAUCAGUUAUCACUCUCAGACAAGGAUCUCCUGUGAUCCAUUAGGGGAGGGAUUAACAUCUCAUUUUGCAGCUCUUAAGUAUUUACUGCCAAGGCCGGGUUAUACAAAACUUAUUUCUGUCUCAUUUUCUUAGGAAAUAAGAACGUACCUCAGAGAGGCAUUGCGUUCUGUAAAGAAUUUUGUUAAUUGACUUUGCUGGAAAAGGGAACAUGAUUGAGAGAGGGGGGGGGAGAGGCAGAGAAGUCUUGGUGGGGGGAAGGGGUUCGAUCCCAGCUCCUUUGGCUCUGAAGAGAAAUCCCUCUCACCACUCCAACACUCCUGCCCUCACGGACAUACACACAUGUUAACUCCAACACCUUCCACACAUAUCCUUAGAUGUGGCAUUAACUAAGCAAACUAAAAAUGUGUAAUGUAAAUAACCAAAUCAGUUAUUUUCCUUUGCAAUUAAAAUAUAAGUGGUAUCUCUUUGGGCAGCCAGGGAGAUCUUUAAUUGUUAGUUCGCUUUGGUCAGUCAAAGCGAAGUGGAAGGAUUUUUUUUGUUUGUUUACAUGUGAACUGUUUAUUUUAUUCUUGAUCGCGUGGGACCGACGGCCAGUAUAUCCCAGUAGAGACAAAUUUCCCAGUUCUUAUUUGUCACAAGUAGUCACGUUGCCACAUUCAUCUUGCAACGAUGUCUACCUGGCAUCUGCCUGCUAUUCUGCAUGACUGGACCCCCAAAACCAUCACUGGUGAAGAGAAUUAUCCCUAUGUCCAUGUUUAUGAGAUAUGCCUACAGCACACAGAUACACACACAUGUUCACAUACGCCCAUAGAGUUCUUUAUCAACCUGGAAGCCAAAACCAUGUGUUGCCCAGCGACGUUGCAGAGUCUCAGAGGUGAGAUGGGCUGUCAGUGGCCUGAUAGAUUUGUUGUGGUCUCAAUGCUGUCUGAUACGAACCGAACCAAACUCCUUCAACCCAUUUCUGUGUUCUUUCUCGCAUCCUUUUCCAUUUUUCCCCCUCUUAUUUUAAAUAUGUCUGUGGAAAAGAGCAUGAAUUGGAGAACCUUGAUUUCUUGAGACUCUUCCCAGGUGGAACCAAGUCCGUGUGUUGUAAUUUGUAUGUCUUAUGAAUCAUUAAAGCAGAAGGAAAUACGCUUCCCUUCUCUUAAAACCAAA